AUGGCGGCCGAUAACCGCCACCCCUCUGCCAUAACCGGGUGGCGGUUAUCGGCCGCCGCAGUCUCCACCGUCUACGAUGUUGAACACUCUUCCGUCAACGACGCCAUCAAGAAUUGGAAGUCAAGCGACUCUAACCGUUCCACGACGCUCAUCGUGCAAGGCACACAACGCCACACGGAUGUCGGAGACCCAGACCUCAUCCAGGCUGCUAGCAUUGCAGGUCUGGGCAACUCUGAAGUCUGA